UUUUAUAACAUCUAUUACCAUUCCACUAACAAACUUAUUUGGACUCAAAAUAAAUCAAUAAAAUUUCAACGGCUUAAACAAAUUGUCAUUAUAAAAAAGAAAAAAACAAAUCUAUUGGUACAUUCAUUGUGUAUAUUUUUGCCAAAAUAGGUGAAUAUUUUUCUCUGAGUAGAGAAACAAAUAGCAAAUACGUCUCCUUAAAACCAGCCUGACUCAAAUUAAGCCAUUAUUUUUUUUCUUCCGUCUUUCACUCUCAGCCUCUCCUUCUUCGUUUCCUAAACUCAUUUUUCUUCGCUCUCUUUAGAUUCUUUUUUUCUCAGAUCUCUCCUUGAUCCUCUGUUUUUUUUAUUCUGAGGGUGUUUUUUCGGAGAAGGAGUCAUCUAAAUCCUUUCAAAUCUCUUCUCUUUGAUGAAAAAACUUCUUCCAAAUUUUCAGUAUAUUUUUUUUUCUGGCUUUUUUUUUUUUUUUUUUCAUGGUCUUGUUGAUUUCUGAAUUUUAGUAUAUCUUAUAUACGAUAAUAUAGAAAAAAAAUAUUAGUGUUUUUGUGUUUUAUAAUUUAUCUGGGUCAAUGAUAAUAGUGGUCGACGAGUCGGUGUCUUAGGGUUUACUUUUUAUAAAGAAUUUUUCUUGUUGAAUUAUUGGCUUUUCGUAUUUUUGGAAUUCAAUUUUCUCUUAUUUCUAAUGCUAUUUUGAAAAUUUAGUUUUUAUUUUGAUUUUAAUAUUCAUGUCGUAAUAGAAUCUGGAAUGUCAGAAGAACGUGUGCAGGUACUUGGGGUUGGUGUAAUAGUUUAAACAAAUUCUUACAAAGAAAGAAAAAAAUCAGGUUCUCUGCACCAAUUUUUUAUUUAGUCAGUUGUUUAAUAUAUUUGAUAAAUUCUCUAAAAAAAACAAAUUUGAUAAUGAUGAAAAUUUUGAUUAGUUCUUGGUUGUGUUUGGUGAUUGCUUGAUUAAAAGUCUGAUUAAAUUUAGGGUUAUUUGAGUUUUGUGUGUCUCUGAGAUUAUUGUUUUACAAGAAAAAAAAAGAGAUGGAAACAAGAAACGAGACAAAAGCUUCACCGGAAAACAACCUCAGAAACAGAGGAGCUGUUGGAAACAACAGCAAGAAAGACAUGAUUUUUCGAGCUGAUAAGAUUGAUUUGAAGAAUUUGGACAUCCAGCUAGAGAAACAUCUGAGUAGGGUUUGGUCAAGAAGCAUUGAGAAACACCCUAAGCCUAAGGAGGAAUGGGAAAUUGAAUUGGCUAAAUUGGAGAUGAGGAAUGUCAUUGCUCGUGGUGCUUAUGGUAUUGUCUACAAAGGCAUCUAUGAUGGUCAAGAUGUUGCUGUGAAAGUGCUUGAUUGGGGAGAAGAUGGUUACGCGACAACGGCUGAGACUUCUGCUCUACGUGCUUCAUUUCGUCAAGAAGUUGCGGUUUGGCACAAACUUGACCAUCCUAAUGUCACAAGGUUUGUGGGAGCAUCAAUGGGAACAACGAAUUUGAAAAUACCUUCAUCAGCUGAGACGGAGAACUCGUUGCCUCAGCGAGCUUGUUGUGUUGUUGUGGAGUAUAUUCCUGGAGGAACUCUUAAGCAGUAUUUGUUCCGUAACAGGCGAAAGAAACUCGCUUUUAAAGUCGUGGUUCAACUCGCUCUCGAUCUUUCUAGAGGGCUAAGUUAUUUGCAUUCGGAGAGGAUUGUUCAUCGCGAUGUGAAAACAGAGAAUAUGCUUUUGGAUUAUCAGAGGAAUCUAAAGAUUGCUGAUUUUGGAGUAGCUAGAGUUGAAGCUCAGAAUCCAAAAGAUAUGACUGGAGAAACUGGAACUCUUGGAUACAUGGCUCCAGAGGUUCUUGAUGGUAAGCCAUACAACAGAAGAUGCGAUGUUUACAGCUUUGGGAUAUGCUUAUGGGAGAUUUAUUGUUGUGAUAUGCCUUAUCCUGAUCUCAGCUUUGCUGAUGUUUCUUCUGCUGUUGUUCGUCAGAAUUUGAGACCGGAUAUUCCAAGAUGUUGUCCAACAUCAUUGGCGACCAUAAUGAAGAGAUGUUGGGAAGCUAAUCCAGAGAAACGACCGGAGAUGGAGGAAGUUGUGAGGUUGCUUGAAGCUGUCGACACCUCCAAAGGUGGUGGAAUGAUCCCGGAAGAUCAGAGACCUGCCUGUUUCUGCUUUGUCUCUGGUCGUGGUCCCUAAAUUUACCCCCCUCUCUCCUUUUACCUUUAUUUACUUACUUACCUUCACAUUGAAUUUUGGAGCAAUGCUCUGUUUUCUUUUUUCUUCUUCUUAAUAUGUCAAGAUAAAAAAAGGUUUUCAUUAUUAAUAUAUAUACACAUUAUUGUUAUUUCUGUCACUGUGAAUAUGAAUAUUGGCGUUUGGUCCAAUAUACAUAGGAAUAUCA